CCACCCACCUCUCACCGUCUCGAGAGGGCCAAGAGAGGAAGGGAGAGGCCAAAAUGGGCAACAGCAGCAGAGCUGCUGUAGACGCGUCGAAGCGCAAGAGGAGGAAGAAGGGCCGCCCCUCCCUCCUCGAUCUCCAGAAGCGCAGCCUGCGCCUCCAGAACCAGCAGCAGAAUAACCUCAGCCCUAACCCUAAUCCCUCCCCCAAAUUCCCCCAAUCCAACACUCCCUCAGCCUCCCGCCGAGUCACCCGUCGAAACCCAAACCCUUCGCCGGACGACCCCCCGCGGCCCCCGCCCGAGGCGGGGCGGGACGAGGAAGAGGACGAAGAGGAGGAGGAGGACGGCGGCUCGGGCGGUAAGCGCAGGGAGAAGAAGCUCAAGCUCGUCCUCCGCCUCCCCUCCCGCUCCGCUGGCUCCGGUUCCGAGUCCGACGGCGCGGCCAACGCCGACCCUAAACGGAGGAAGAUCGGCCACGAAAAUCGCGUCAAAAAGGCUGAGCGUAACAAUUCUCCGAAAGCGACGGGCUUGGUUCCAGGGGAGCUACCAGAUUUGGGGCCCACGACACCUCUGCCAGACAAAAAGUUGUUGGCGUUCAUCCUUGAUAGGCUCCAGAAGAAAGAUACCUAUGGUGUCUUCUCCGAGCCGGUGGAUCCAGAAGAGCUUCCUGACUAUCAUGAAGUCAUAGAGCAUCCAAUGGAUUUUGGAACUGUGCGGAACAAGUUGCUUACCGGAGCAUAUUUUAAUCUGGAACAGUUUGAGAAUGAUGUCUUCUUAAUUAGCUCAAAUGCUAUGCGUUAUAAUGCACCGGAUACUAUCUACUUUAGACAGGCACGGUCUAUUCAUGAGCUUGCUAAAAAGAAUUUUGAGAACUUAAGGCAAGAAGGCAACGAUAAUGAACCAGAACCAAAAACAGUGGUAAGGAGAGGUAGACCACCAAAUAAGCACAAAAAGGUUGGACGGCCUCCUGCUGAUCGUGCUGCAUCAGACUUUUCAACUGAUGUAACACUUGCUAAUGCUGGGGACACUAAUCACCUGUCUAAUUUAGCACAUGACUCCUUGAGAAAAGGAUCCUCAGGGGAAAAGUCUGGUGUUGCCAAUGCAUCCAAUAGGGCUUCGUAUGGUCUACGCUGCACUGAUACAUGUGGUUGGAUUUCUGAGCAGAAAGCAGAUAGAGAUGAAGAAUAUUCAGGGUCUGCACCAAAAGGAAAUCACACAAAGUAUGGCAAGAAACUCACUGUUGUAGAUGAGAACCGUCGUAAUACUUAUAAACAAUCCCUUGCAUCAACCUAUACACAUGAGACACCGAUAUUUACUAUCAUCAAUGGGGAGAAGAAGCAACUUAUGCCAGUUGGUCUUCAUUUGGAAUAUGCAUAUGCAAGAAGUUUGGCUCGCUUUGCUGCAAAGCUCGGUCCUAUUGGUUGGCUCCUCACUGCCCCAAAGAUUCAAAGGGUAUUGCCUCCUGGUACCAAAUUUGGCCCUGGAUGGGUUGCAGAUGGUGAAGCUCCACAACAUUCUCAGCCACUUGUACCAUCUAUAUCUCCUCCGCAUCCCUUAGCAAAAUCCUGUGCUUCAUCUACAAUUGAUAAACACUCUCAUGGACAGGAAAUGCCCCACAAUGAUGUCAUUGUCAAGGAAGGCCACAUCAACAGAACCACAGUUCCUGCUUCCACUUUGGCUGUUUCUAGUAAUGUCUCCAGUUUUCCAGAGGAUCCCUCGCUCAGCAGAGUUCCCAGUCAUGAGAAUGGCUCAAGUACCUUGAUUAAUGGUGGUGUGGAUGGUGAUGCAAUACGGCCCAAGGUUCCCUUUCAACACCAUCAAAUCCCAGGGAUGCAUCCGACCAUUGAUGGUCUCAGUGGUUCAUUUAAUUCUAAUAUGGUUUCUCAACUUGGUAAUAUGAUCAGACCAGCUGGUAUGCUAUAUGGUCCCUUUGGUUCAGAUGCACAGAUGUCACAUGCUCGAGCACUUGACAUGGUCUCAAGAGCCAAUAACAACUACAUACACCAGACCGCAGAAAGGCCAACAGUGGUGGACAAUUCAAGUACGAAAAAUUCGGGUAAGCCCUUGAAAGAAGCUGGUAAUGAUUCAAAGGGUCCAUGGCAGUCUACCACACUGCAACGGAAAUCAGAUUCUGCUCCCCCUGAUCUGAAUGUUGGAUUCCAGUCACCAGGGUCACCAGCUUCAGAUAUGGUGGUUGGCUCACAACAACCUGAUUUAGCCUUGCAGCUUUGAAGGUAGUAUAAUUGAUUCUUCAGUUCAGUUGACAUGGGAAGGAUUAAUAUUGUGGAGUUGCACCCUCCAAUGAGAGGUAAAGAGACACAGCUGACUUGUGAUGGAGCUAUUCAUUUUGCAAGGUUGGACUGUACAGAUUAAUUAAUGUACUAAAGUUAAAAAUGAAUCUCUGUAUGCAGCAGCUAAAAUCCCAUUUGUAACAUUUAAAUCAUUGGCCUGGCAGUGGGAAGUUUUUGCUUCUGCCGAUGGGCUAAUUACAAUCAUUGUGGGGUCUUCUCCUGUGAACCAACUGAUCGACAGGGUUUGGGACCAUGUGGAACUUUGCUGCCAAAGAAUAGAUUAUUUGUACCUGAA